CCUGGGAAGAAUGGAGGUGCAGACAGAGGUAGACUCGGCACCAGGGGUCCAGAGGGUCCUAAUUGACAACCCUGCUGACAUUCUGGUCAUCGCUGCUUAUUUUCUGCUGGUCAUUGGUGUCGGCUUGUGGUCCAUGUGUAGAACCAACAGAGGCACCGUGGGCGGCUACUUCCUGGCGGGAAGAAGCAUGGUGUGGUGGCCGGUCGGGGCCUCUCUCUUCGCCAGCAACAUCGGCAGUGGCCACUUUGUGGGCCUGGCAGGAACUGGUGCAGCAAGUGGCUUGGCUGUGGCUGGAUUUGAGUGGAAUGCGCUGUUCGUGGUGCUGCUUCUGGGCUGGCUUUUCGCGCCCGUGUACCUGACCGCGGGCGUCAUUACCAUGCCGCAGUACCUGCGCAAGCGCUUCGGCGGCCACCGCAUCCGUCUCUACCUUUCCGUGCUCUCGCUUUUCCUGUACAUCUUCACCAAGAUCUCGGUGGACAUGUUCUCCGGGGCGGUGUUCAUCCAGCAGGCUCUGGGCUGGAAUAUCUACGCUUCCGUCAUUGCGCUCCUGGGCAUCACUAUGAUCUACACGGUGACAGGAGGGCUGGCAGCGCUGAUGUACACGGAUACGGUGCAGACCUUCGUCAUUCUCGGGGGCGCCUUCGUCCUCAUGGGCUACGCCUUCCACGAGGUGGGCGGGUAUUCGGGGCUCUUCGACCAAUACUUGGAGGCAAUGACGUCGCUGACGGUGUCCGAGGACCCGGCCGUGGGCAACAUCUCCAGCUCCUGCUAUCGACCCCGGCCCGACUCCUACCACCUGUUCCGGGACCCUGUGACGGGAGACCUGCCGUGGCCCGCGCUGCUUCUGGGGCUUACAAUUGUCUCGGGCUGGUACUGGUGCAGCGACCAGGUGCGGGGACAGGGGGGCUCCAACCAAGGGCAAGGCUCGCGUAGAGCCGGUAAAUUCGAAGGCCUGAUCAGAGGGGAUGAGACUGCGGCUCAGCAAAACACGCUAAGGGUGGAGCUACACCCAAGGGGCGGAAGCCGAAGGGCAAGGCAUGCGCGUGGAGCUGAACCCCCACGGGCUGAGCACAGGCGGGUGGGGAUCCCCCAAUUAGAACGACGAGUAGCGGCAAGGCCCGAGGGGGCGGUGUCUCGGGGACAACGCGGUCCCCUGCCCUCGUCGCAGGUCAUAGUGCAGCGCUGCCUGGCCGGGAAGAACCUGACCCACAUCAAGGCGGGCUGCAUUCUGUGCGGUUACCUGAAGCUGAUGCCCAUGUUUCUCAUGGUCAUGCCGGGCAUGAUAAGUCGCAUUCUUUACCCAGAUGAGGUAGCGUGCGUGGUGCCCGAGGUGUGCAAGCGCGUGUGCGGCACCGAGGUGGGCUGCUCCAACAUCGCCUACCCGCGGCUUGUCGUGAAGCUCAUGCCCAACGGUCUGCGUGGACUCAUGCUGGCGGUCAUGCUGGCCGCGCUCAUGUCCUCGCUGGCUUCCAUCUUCAACAGCAGCAGCACGCUUUUCACCAUGGAUAUCUACACGCGUCUGCGGCCCCGCGCCGGCGACCGCGAGCUGCUGAUAGUCGGACGGCUCUGGGUGGUGUUCAUCGUGGCCGUGUCGGUGGCCUGGCUCCCCGUGGUGCAGGCGGCGCAGGGCGGGCAGCUCUUCGAUUACAUCCAGGCAGUCUCCAGCUAUCUGGCGCCGCCCGUGUCCGCUGUCUUUGUGCUGGCUCUCUUCGUGCCCCGCGUCAAUGAGAAGGGCGCCUUCUGGGGACUCAUUGGCGGUCUGCUGAUGGGCUUGGCACGGCUUAUUCCCGAGUUCUCCUUUGGUUCGGGCAGCUGCGUGCGACCCUCGGCGUGCCCGGCGCUCCUCUGCGGCGUGCACUACCUCUACUUUGCCAUCGUGCUCUUCGUGGGCUCCGGCCUGCUCACCCUCGCUGUCUCCCUGUGCACGGAGUCCAUCCCGCGCAAGCACCUCCACCGCCUGGUUUUCAGUCUCCGGCACAGCACAGAGGAACGGGAGGACCUGGAUGCUGAUGAGGAGCCUGAAGGCCCGGCCUCACCCCCUGUACAGAAUGGGCGCCCAGAGCAUGCACUGGAGAUGGAGGGUGAGGCACUGCCCAAGGAGGUGGGUGGGGCUGGGGAGCCAGGGGAGCCAAUUCCUCAUGCUAACCACGGGGCCUCAAUUUCACCCAGAGCCCCAGCCCCUGGCCACUGGCCGGUUCUGCCAGUGUCUGCUCUGGUUCUGUGGAAUGAACAGGGGUGGGGCAGGCAGCCCUCCACCCCCUACCCAGGAGGAGGUGGCUGCGGCAGCCAGGCGGCUGAAGGACAUCAGUGAGAAUCCGAGCUGGGCCCGGGUUGUCAACCUCAACGCCCUGCUCAUGAUGGCAGUGGCCACCUUCCUCUGGGGCUUUUAUGCCUGAGGCAACUGUGUGGAGUUGCAUGAGCCAGGCCAGGGCUCAGCCUCACAGAGAGUGGGGGGUGGGGUGGUCCCCAGAGAAGGGCCAAAGCAGGAGGUGGGGGGAAGGCCCUGGCUCCCCUUCUUUCAACCACAUCUCUGCCUGGCAGUCACUUUCCUCUAAGCAAAAAUA